AUGGUUAGUCGAGGUGGUCGUUCUAAAGGUUGUUCCAAUUGUCGUCGUCGUCGGAUCAAAUGUGAUGAGACGCCGCCAACAUGCCAGCGCUGCCAUAAGCGUGGCCUAGAGUGUGAUGGUCCUCGCAGCACAACCUGGAUCAACGCAUCUGCAAAGUCCACUCCAAUAAGUGGAGUCCAGUCUAUUCCUGGCCAGAACUCUAAUCUACCCAAUGAACUCAGUCUGGUAGCCUUCAGGGAUGAUAUAUGCUUGACAUACACCCGCAAGAAGCUACUCCGGGGUGGGCCUGUGGAACUGGCUUGCAAUGCUGUCUUUUUAAAGUCGGACAUGGAUCCUGGUAUUGAUUUGCUCAAGAGUGCCAUCCUAAGUCUAGCGACUACCUUUUACGGGAGUCGACACCAACAGAAGGCUCUCAUGAACACAGGCUACAAGCAGUACGGAAGUGUAUUACUUCGCCUAAAUCAACACCUAGCACAAACCCAAUUGCAAACAACAAACGAGACAUUGCUGACAGCCUUAACCUGCAUGUUGCUGGAGAUAUUCCUUCCAACAGGACCUAAUCACUUCUUGAAGCACAUUCAAGGCAUUGAAACUAUCCUAGAACUGCGUGGGCCCCCGACUUGCCCGUACUCCCAGGACACUCUGGUAUUGUUCCACGGUCUGCGUGUCUUGUCAAUCAUCAGUGGUCUCGCUACUUCCAGAGCUUCCAUAUAUGCCCGUGAGGAGUGGAAAAACCUACCACGACUUCAUGAAGACGAUGCCGGACAACUUCGUCACCAAGUUUUUGAUAUCCUUGCCGAUUGUACGCAAUUGAUGAGUCGCCGCGAUUUCGCGUUACAAUCAGCUGACCCUAGCCAUCGUCUUUCCGUCAUAGAAGACGCGGAAUGCCUCUUCCAAAAGCUUGAAAGGCUUCAUCCUAAAUGGGAAGCUUUCAAUGAGAAGGAAAUGCAUAAGCCGUCAUCCGACGUUGCAAGGAAGGUCCGCAUCGCAAACUUCCGAUCAGCAACUGUGCAUAUGCUCUACUACACAGGAUACAUUCUGAUCGUCGAAAUCUUGAAUACCCUACAACCAUCGCUGAACAACGUUGCAUUACGAGCUUCUGGGGCGGAUAAUCUUAUGAAGAGUGUAGAGUUGAAAUUGUUCGAGCAGAGCACAGGAGCAUUUGAGUCAAACACGAUCGGAUUCGUAGCCACCAAAAUCGCCUGGCAAGCCAUAGGAGGCUACCACACUCCCGAAGGUCGAAGACUGGCCAAACUGAUACGAAAGAACGCUAAGGGCAUUUUCGCAGUUGGUGCUUGGGAAACAGAUGUUGUAUUCCAAACCCCUCAUCCAAAUGAGCUUGCGCUCGAUCGGAUACAAAUCGCAAGCGACCUCGAAAGACCGCAGGAACCCACACAAGCUAGCUUGAUAGACAAUGGUCCAGGAUUUGCGCCUCUUGAUUCAGAGUCGAUCUGUCUGGUCGAAAUGAUGUGGUCCCAGCACAGUGCAGCGUAG